CCGCUGCCCCGCGUCGCGAUCCAGUUCUGCACUCAGUGUAAGUGGAUGCUUCGCGCAGCAUAUUUCGCCCAAGAGCUCCUAUCGACAUUCGGAACCUCCAUCGGCGAGGUCGCCCUCCAACCCUCCACAGGCGGCACCUUCACCGUAACGCUAACCCACCAACCCGCCGGCGCGACAACGACCUCCUCAACGAUCCUCUGGGACCGCAAGACCGAAGGAGGCUUCCCCGAGACCAAGGAGCUCAAGCGCCGUCUCCGCGACGUCAUCCAACCCGACAGAGACCUCGGCCACGUCGACCGGAAACAC